GACAAUUCUCAACCAUGAAGCUCAAUAUCUCCUACCCUGCCAAUGGCAGCCAGAAGUUGAUUGAGAUCGAGGAUGAGCGAAAGUUGCGAGUGUUUAUGGAGAAGAGAAUGGGCGCUGAGGUUCCUGGCGACUCCGUUGGCGAUGAAUUCAAGGGCUACAUCUUCAAGAUCACCGGCGGCAACGACAAGCAAGGCUUCCCCAUGAAGCAAGGUGUUAUGCAUCCAACCCGUGUCCGACUCCUCCUCUCCGAUGGCCACUCCUGCUACCGACCCCGUCGCACUGGUGAGCGCAAGCGCAAGUCUGUCCGUGGCUGCAUCGUUGCGAUGGAUCUCUCUGUCCUCGCUCUCUCCAUCGUCAAGCAAGGCGACGCCGAUAUCCCCGGUCUCACUGAUGUCGUCCACCCCAAGCGCCUCGGUCCCAAGCGUGCCACCAAGAUCCGCCGAUUCUUCGGUCUCACCAAGGAAGAUGAUGUCCGCAAGUUCGUUAUCCGUCGUGAAGUCCAGCCAAAGGGCGAGGGAAAGAAGCCGUACACCAAGGCACCCAAGAUCCAGCGUCUGAUUACUCCUCAACGUCUUCAGCACAAGCGUCACCGCCUCGCUCUCAAGCGUCGCAAUGCUGAGCGUACCAAGGAUGCUGCUAACGAGUACGCCGCCAUCCUCACCAAGCGUGUUACCGAAGCCAAGGCUCAACGUGCCGACCUUCGCAAGCGCCGUGCCUCUUCCAUGCGCAAGUAAACCGUCUUCUCUCGACAAUAUCGCAUGGUUCCUAGGUUUGGUCUGGUCUGGAGCGCACAACUUGGUUUGAUCAUGGAUGGGAUGGAUCUUCAGAGGCAUGGGAAUGGGAUUGGUUCUUGCUUGCUGGAUCGUCUACAAAUGGUGAUCUCAUAUCAUGGAUGAGC